AACUUGUUAUUUUUUUAAUCAAAAGUCUCAUGCAGAACAGAGGAAGAAGAGGUCAUUAAUGGCGUUCUCCAUUCUCCUCUCCUCUCCUCCUCCAUCCCGCUGCUUCUUUCCAUCCGCCCCCUCCUCUACUUCUCUUUCCUAUGCUCCAUGUCGCAUCUCAGUCCGCCUUUCUCUCCGCUCUCGAAGGAGGUCCUCAGUCUGCAGCACCAUCACAUCGUCGGCAGCCGGCUCUUCCUUGGAGCAAGACAAAAAUGAGAAACGGACUGGGCCGGAUUUACCUACUCUUUGGAGGAGAUUCUACAAGGUGGCAGCUCCGUAUUGGUUCUCGGAUGACAAAAACCAAGCAAGACUGAGGCUUGCUUCUGUGUUUGUUCUCACCUUGGGAACAACAGGAAUUAGUGUUUUAUUUAACUUUCUGGGUCGGGACUUCUAUAAUGCACUUGCUAACAAGGACCAGGAGCAGUUUACAAAGCAACUUCUCUACUAUUUAGCUGGUUUUGCUGGUGGAAUUCCGGUCUUUGUGCUAAGAGACUAUGCCAGAGAAACACUUUCUUUAAGAUGGAGAUCCUGGAUGACAAGCUAUUAUAUGGAUCGAUAUCUCAAGGACCGGACCUUUUAUAAGAUUCAAUCUCAAUCUAUCAUUGAUAACCCUGAUCAACGGAUUGUUGAUGAUCUAAGCUCUUUUACUGGAACAGCGCUUGCAUUUUCUUUGACACUUUUCAAUGCAGCUGUGGACUUGAUAUCAUUUAGUAACAUUCUCUAUGGGAUCUAUCCACCACUGUUUGUUGUUCUUCUUGUAUAUUCCCUUGGUGGAACAGCUUUAAGUGUGGUACUUGGAAAGGAUCUUGUCACAUUGAAUUUCAUGCAAGAGAAGAAAGAAGCAGAUUUUCGCUAUGGACUUGUUCGUGUUCGGGAAAAUGCUGAAUCAAUUGCCUUUUAUGGGGGGGAGGGAAAUGAAUUACAACUAUUGGUGGAGCGUUUCCAAAGAGCUUUUGAAAAUUUAACUAAAUUGUUGAUUGCUUCCCGUAAUCUGGAGUUCUUUACCAAUGGCUAUCGGUACCUUAUACAGAUUCUUCCUGCUGCGGUUGUUGCUCCAAUGUACUUCUCAGGAAAAAUUGAGUUUGGGGUGAUUAAUCAGUCAGUCUCUGCGUUCAAUCAUAUCUUAAGUGAUUUCUCACUUAUUGUAUACCAAUUCCAGGCUAUAAGUGCAUUCUCAGCUGUCAUCGAACGGUUAGGUGAAUUCGAUGAUAUUUUGGAUGGUCAUAAUUUCGUGGACAACUCCAAACUCAACGACACAAAAGGAAUUAUGAUUAUCUGUCGCAGCAAGCCAAAUCAAGCUUGCUUGCAGUCAAAUGGGUCUAUUGCUGUGGACAUCUCUCAGCAUUUACUGGAAAUUCAAAAUUUGACAUUAGAAACUCCAAGAAAGAGUGAUAUUCUCAUAAAAGAUUUGUCUCUGGCUAUCAAUGAUCAAGAUCACUUACUGGUAAUGGGUCCAAGUGGAAGUGGAAAAACUUCACUGUUAAGAUCUUUGGCUGGACUUUGGACCACUGGUAGUGGAAAUGUAAUAUUUUACGGGGAAGAUUCAGCACACUCUCACCAAUUAGUUUCAUCAGAAGCAUCGUCUCAUGAUCCAACCACAACGUUAGAAACAAAUGAACCUGAGAAGUUGAAAAACACAAGAAGUGAGGACAUAUUUUUUCUUCCUCAAAGACCAUAUAUGGUUCUUGGAACUCUUCGCCAGCAACUUCUUUAUCCGACAUGGACAGAUGAUUCAUUCAGCGAAGCAAGUAGCUCUCGUGACCUGCUAUAUUUGCCUCAAGUUCCUACAUUUAAGCAUCAAAAGCCCUCAGAUGAUGAUCUCAUUAGGAUGUUAGAACUUGUUCAUCUCGGUGGUGUUUUGCCACGUUUCAAUGGCUUGGAUUCCAUACAUGAAUGGUCUAGUGUUCUUUCGCUUGGUGAGCAGCAGCGUCUUGCAUUUGCUCGGCUGUUACUUGCAAAACCGAAAUUGGUGCUAUUAGAUGAAUCAACAAGUGCCUUAGAUGAAGCCAAUGAGGCUCAUCUGUACAGACUGAUUGAAUCGGUGGGAAUUACAUAUGUCAGUGUUGGGCAUCGAAGAACACUUUAUAACUACCAUAACCAGGUCUUGCGCAUAUCUAAGUUUGACCCAAGUAAAAGCAAUGAACGAAAUUGGCACCUCAAAUCCAUUGACAAGGUCACUGCUGAUGAGCCGAAAAAGAUUUCGCCAUCUAGCUAGCCUGGUUAAAAUUUUUAUUAUCACUAUUUAUUAUCGAUGCUCUUUUAAAUGCAUGAAGCCUGGUGAUAAUUUAUACUUCCAAAUUUCAUUUUUCAUGUUUGAUGAUUAAUCAAUACAAGCAUGAUCUGCUGCCGGUGUGCUUUGGUUGAUGAUUGCAAUUGGAACGAUGUAUCGUCAAUGUCCAAAAGUAGAUCGAUUUCUAUAGUGACACACAAAGCAUAUGUAAUUGUCUAUGGGCGCUUGGAUGUGCCAUAAACAUAGAUGAAAGUGACUUAUUUGUUGACAAUGUCAUGUUUUGUUCCAAAGUUUAUGCUGUUCCUUGAAAUUUCAAAGUUUUAUUCAAGAAUAAAUUUAAUAAGACAAAUUCCCUCUCUUCA